CCUCCCUCAGCCGCCGCACCGCUUCGCUUGUUCCCCCGGGUCGCCCGCGGGACGGCUGCUCCCGCCGGGUUCUCCGCGCUCCUGGCCGCGCGCCAUGGGCAGCCCCCGCUCGGCGCUGAGCUGCCUGCUGUUGCACUUGCUGGUCCUCUGCCUCCAAGCCCAGGUAACUGUUCAGUCCUCACCUAAUUUUACACAGCAUGUGAGGGAGCAGAGCCUAGUGACGGAUCAGCUCAGCCGCCGCCUCAUCCGGACCUACCAGCUCUACAGCCGCACCAGUGGGAAGCACGUGCAGGUCUUGGCCAACAAGCGCAUCAACGCCAUGGCAGAGGAUGGAGACCCCUUCGCAAAGCUCAUUGUGGAGACAGAUACCUUUGGGAGUAGAGUUCGAGUAAGAGGUGCUGAAACAGGCCUCUACAUCUGCAUGAAUAAGAAAGGGAAGUUGAUCGCCAAGAGCAACGGCAAAGGCAAGGACUGCGUCUUCACAGAGAUCGUGCUAGAGAACAACUACACGGCCCUUCAGAACGCCAAGUACGAAGGCUGGUACAUGGCCUUUACUCGCAAGGGCCGGCCCCGAAAGGGCUCCAAGACGCGGCAGCACCAGCGUGAGGUCCACUUUAUGAAGCGGCUGCCCCGCGGCCACCACACCACAGAGCAGAGCCUGCGCUUCGAGUUCCUCAACUACCCGCCCUUUACGCGCAGCCUGCGGGGCAGCCAGAGGACUUGGGCCCCUGAGCCACGAUAGGCCCCUGCCCGGCCCCUCCCUGCAACUCCGAAACUUGGAGACUUGUUUUCACAGGAGCCAAACCAGAGGAACUCGAGCAAGACAAGAUCUGCGCUGCUGAAGGCUGGGGAGGAGCUGGGGGAACCCCGGUUCUAGCUGUUGAUAAUUGUUUGCUGUUGGGUUGGGUUUUUUUUUUUUUUUUUUGCGUUUUUUUUUUUUUUUUUUUAAACAAAACAG